AUUUAAUGGGAAGUGAAUGAUAUCAACACUUUAUGACAACAGAAAAAAUGUUUGGAUUUGAUGGUGUAAAUAGUACACUUGGAAUAACGGGCUUUAUAAUGGAUUUCUUAACAACUCGAAACGAAACAGAUUACAAUGAAGAGAUAAAACGAGAUGUGCCUAUUUAUCUACAUCCGGAUCACUUUGUUCUAGUCGUUACAAUAACAGUGAUUGGAAUUGUGGGAAAUGUACUCACACUUGUGAAGAUUACGUGGGACAAAAAAUUCCAAGGUACUGUAUUUGUUGUUAUUAGAACCAUAAUAUUCACAGAUAUUGUGAAUUUGAUACUUUACCUUGUUCAUGCUGGAUUUAAGUUUGGUAACUUUCGUCUUGAAGAAGUCCCAUGUGCAACAUUUCUGGUUGUUUUUUACGGUGUUGCCCAUGCCUCUGCUGCUCACGUGGUUUUUCUAUUUGGACUUCGGUGUUACAUGGUGUCGGAGCCCAUGAAAUUCAAUCAGUUACGGAAGCGAACAAUUAUCGUCUCAUCUGCUGCAAUAUGGGUCCUAAGCAUAUUAUUCUCGACAUUUUAUUUUGUUCUACGAUACAAAGCAGGAAUACAGACACCUAGUUAUGUGAUAAUAGUAUUUCGUGUUUACCUUAUUAUUGUUCCUGUCCUUCUCAUUAUUAUUUUCCAUGUAAAGAAGAUACAUCUUCUCAAGCACACAUUGAGUAAACACAAUAUCGAACACAACAUAAUCAAGAUGUCCCUUGUGACGUCAUUAAUUCUUAUCGUGUACAUGUCAUCAGCUUUUCUUUUUCUUGUGUGCUACAUCUUAUCAUUAUACAAAUCUAAAAUCAUUGAAGAACAGUUUCUUCUUGUUGCACAACUGGCUUGGCUACUAAAUGCAGUGAUGAGUCCAUUUAUUUAUGUUGUUUCGGCACUGUGCUUUCAUAAAUGUUUCAAAUACUGGAUAAGAGCUUUUCAAUCAAUUACAUGUCUACGUUUACCUGAGCAAACGGAAGCGGGGAAAUAAGGUUCAACAUCUGUGACUGAAUUCGAUGCUUUGCUCGCAAAUUUUGACGUUAUAAAAGGACCAAAAGAAGCACUCGUUCCUUAUACGCGUUAUUCAAAAUGUUCUCAAUGUUCGAGAGGGUGGAUAGAUGGGUAUUACAUGUAACGCUUUAUAAAAUUUACGUAAAAGUUUUAUUACUGAUCUGGUUCGAAGGAGAAUAAGGCUAGUAGUUCUGGAAAAAUUAUGUGUGUACAUGAUAAAUUUUUCACAUCACCUGUGCCUUUCUUACAGUAAGAGAAAUAUUCAGUGUUAUAUGUAUAUAUU